GAACCCCAGAAAGCCACAGGGGCAGAGAGAUAGCAAGUUUAGUCUGUUGCCUGUGCGUAGAGAACCACACAUAGCUUGCUGGUUGGAGGGAACAAAGCGAGGAGUUUCGGUUUGUUUUCUGGGUAGUUUUCUCUGUGGUUAGAUAUUACAGGAGAAAUGAAAAUGUGCAAAACUAUACUUCCUUGUAUUCUAUUACUGUCAGGUUUAGUAGUCAUGAUGGGAGCGGCAAAGAACAUCACGGAGACGACCGUCUCAGACAUGGUGGGGAAGAUGGUGGCAACUGUAACGGAGGCGACUGUCUCAGACAAGAUGGGAGAGACAGUGGGGCCCGUCACAAAGGCGACCAUCCCAGGCACCCCACGGAAGACUGUGGCGCCCACCCCGGAGGCAACCGUCAUGGAGGAGGCAGGGGAGACAACGGCACCCAUCAUGGAGGCUACCAUCCCAGACACGUCAGGGAAGAUGGUGACGCCUGUCACAGAAGCAACCAUCACAGAGGUAACGGGAGAGACAGUGGCGCCCAUCACAGAGACGACCAUCCCAGACACGUCAGGGAAGAUGGUGACGCCUGUCACAGAAGCAACCAUCACAGAGGUAACGGGAGAGACAGUGGCGCCCAUCACAGAGACGACCAUCCCAGACACGUCAGGGAAGAUGGUGACGCCUGUCACAGAAGCAACCAUCACAGAGGUAACGGGAGAGACAGUGGCGCCCAUCACAGAGACGACCAUCCCAGACACGUCAGGGAAGAUGGUGACGCCUGUCACGGAGGCAACCAUCACGGAGGCGGCAGGAGAGACGGUGGCGACCAUCCUAGACAAGCUAGGGAAGACAGUGGCGCCAGUCACAAAGGCAACCAUCCCAGUCAUGACAACGACCAUAGUGCUUGGACAUAAAGAAAUCUCAACUUCAGGGCUGCCAUCAGUAAAAAGCUUCUCAAGUUCUACAAUGAAAAUAAGUAGAGAAUCAACUCUGUUUUUCAAGUCUACUGCUAAACAACUAACUUUGGAGGACAACAUGUUAGUCAAAUCAAACUCGAACAACCCAACUUCUGGGCCAGUCAUGACAGAAAAUGAAGAGAUAAUCAUGAAUGUGACCACCCCAGAUGAGGUAGGGGAGAAGAAGGCACCCAUCACGGAGGAGGCUUCCCCAGAGAAAGAACGGCAAUCAUCUGGACUAGCGUUAGGACUCGGCAUUUUCUUUGGGAUGCUCCUUAUUACUGCCAUCAUUAUUUGUUACUGUCUAUGGAAAAAGUCAAGAAAAAGCUCAUUUGACGUGAACUCAGUGGAAACAACUAUUCCCUUAAAUUCCACUGAAACAAAAGAACCAAGCUCAGAUGGGGAAAAGAAAUGAAAGCACUCACACUUAAUAGCCAUUCAUGAAGAUCUCACAAAAAGAACUAACAUGGCUGAAUCAUCAGAGAAAUUAAAAUGGAUUGAAAUUCAAAGAGAUCCACUUAAUCACAGAAAAGGGCAAUCUCAGUAGUGUAAACUUCUUUUUAAAUGGCACAUUUUGGAGUGUUCCUGAAUCUAGUCAUAGUAAUAAGCAGAUAUUCAUUGGUGCUGGCUGCUACAAAUCUUUAUUCAUUUCCUGUUCCUUUUUGGUUGUGGAAAAAAGCUCACCUUACUUUAAUAUAGUUAUCUAAGAGCCAGAUUCUGCCAUUUAGGCACAAAUCUGCACCAGCAUAUGAGGAACAGGGGGAGGCAUAAUCCCUCUCCCAGCUCUCCAGCAUGCAGAAGAAGCAUGCCAUGGCCCUUUCUCUUCCUGCCCCUGCCUGCUUCCUUUAGAGGAUUUGUGGCCAUUAGGGUGCACAGAAGGAAUGAGUCAUGGAGCGGGGCAGUCUUUGUGCUUCCCUGAGUAUAGGGACUGGGGUCUUUCUGGGCCCUUAUGUGAAGCCCCUAAGGAGUGAGGGGAAAACUCCUUAUGCCUCCUGCUCCCACUGAUUCAUCCGUCCAAAAGCCUGUGACAAUCUAGCCCCUAAUUCUUUGUACAUAGCUUGUUUUAUAAUAAAUGACCUAAGUAAAAGUGAGUCUCAGCACAGUGUAUUUCUAUUAAAUGCAAAAACGAUGCUGAUGCGCUGCUAAGAUUGAAAUGUUAUGCUCACUAAAAUCAGAAAAUGUAGAGUUAAGAGACCAGAGCCUCAGCUGGUGCAAACUGACAUAGCUUCCUUGGCUUCAUUGGAGCCAUAUUGAUUGACACCAGCUGAAGAUCUGGCCCCAGGUUUCCAGAGACACUUUUGCACAGUAGGGUUUUUUUAUCAUCUAAUCAUAAUACUUAUAUUUACAAUUACACAAAAUGUUGUAUUUGUUCAUAGAGUGUUAUAAAAGAAUGUGUAGUUUUAACAUGGAAGCCUACAAUCCUGUAUACCACAUUUACAGUUUUACAAACAUAAUGUAAGAAAACAAUGCAGCUUAUUUCCUUGGUAUGAAAUUAUUUGCUAAAUAGUGUUAUUUUAAUCAGGGUUGUAUGAUCCUAGAUGGAAAAACCCUUUUGUAAUAUAUAGGCCUGUCUGCUUCUCCUCUCACACCUGUAUAAUCAAGAAUUUCUCCACCGGAGCUAAUGAAGAUACACCUGCGCAAAAACUAGUAUCAAUGCAUAAUCAGGCCCCUACAUGUGCAAGCUUUAAAUUGGAAACUCUUUAGAGUAGGAAUUGUGGUUUUCUUUUAUCUCAUUCAGCCCCUGUGAUUAAAAAUAACAAUAAUCAAUAAAAAGGUGACAGUUAAGUUUGGGAAUCUUUCAUUUCUUGAAUUUCAUAAUACAGUCUAAGGGCCUUGUUCCACUCCCCUACUCUGAGUGGGUAGCACUUAUUUACUUACUGAUGUCAAUGGAACGACUCAUGUGAGUAAGUACUAUGCAAUGUGAGUGCAGAAUCCAGCACUUAGUAGUCGCAUUCUUUAGUCUCAGUAUACUAUGUAAAGUUGGCAUAUUAAUAAAGUGGCAAGGUGAGGAAGCAUGAUCCAGUGGGUAUGGUACUAACUCAGCAUUUGGGAGAGCUGGAUUCAAUUCCUUGCCCUUCCACAGACUUCCUGUGUGGCCUAUAGUCAAGCUAAUUAGUCUUUCUAGGCCUCAGUUCCCCAUAUAUAAAACAGGAAUAAUAGCAAUUCCUUAUCUCACAAGGAUUUUGUGAGGAUAAAUACAUUAAAGAUUGAGGUGCUCAGGUAACAGGUGCUUUGCAAGUACCCUAUCCAGAAAAUCUAAUCCGAGGUUUUGGCCUGUUUCCAAAUCUGCUCAGGCAUGAUAUCUUCCUUCCCAAUAAUAAUAUGGACUUGAGUUAUAUCAGCCUUCAACCAGUAAUUGAUAUUCUAUGAAGAUGCAAAAUCUAAAGCAUAGAAGUUCCUUGCAUGAGAGGAAGAGAAGAUGAAACCUAGUUCAGCACCACUGAGGGCAAAGGGAAUUUUACUAUUGACUUCAGUGGAUCAGGAUAAGACUGAUAACACAGAUGGGUAACUGAAAAUGUUGGCCACUUUUUUUCCUAUGCGUUUAACGAAUGACAGCUAAAAUCUUCCUUUUAUGUAAAUAUGAUCUGAGUUAAGAAUGAGCUCAUUACAAGAAUUGUGUUUCACUCCAGUCUUACUAAGAAUUGCAAUUAUAAUUACAUUUUCAUUUCCACAAAAAGAAUAAUAAACUCCGAAUUCUGGAAGAGCAA